AUGCCUCGCAUGGUCGCACCCCCGCCGUCUGGAGAGUUCCAGAUCGUUCUUAGCAAGCCUUUCAAUGGCGCACCAACACACAUGAUCGAGGUUAUCGGCGAGCCCAACCGCCCAGCUAGCAUUCGCAUGUCCAACUACAACGGUAACUCCAAGUCAUCAGAAAAGAAGGGUGAUGUACCACAAGACGAUGUUAAGGAGCUCAUGUCUCUCAUCUCCACACUACGCGGCUUCCCUUCGCACCCAAGCAAGGACGUCUACGGCCUAGACACCAAGGUUGACUUCAACACAAUGGAGAUCCAAUGGGGCAACCAGGACGACGAUGCUGCCAUGGAUGGUGGUGACCUUGCCGGAGAGCAGAAGGAUGAAUUCAAGAGGAUCGCGGACAGCAUUGAGGCGUUGGCGAGGCAAUUCGCUAAGCAGGACUCUCCUGUAUAG